AUGGCUGCUCGCUCCUUGACUUACCGCCGCGACCUCCAUGCCGCCAUGAUUGAGGUCAGGAUUCGAUACAGUCCUCGUUCCAAAGACUUCAUUCGAGAGGCCGUUCACGCAGAGGUGCGGGCGAGACGCGUAUCUCUCCACAACAAUGAGACCAUCUGCAAGAUCACGCUCACACCUGAAGGAAAACGCUUCUAUCGGAAGAUGGGCGGCUCUACACUCUUCAACGCUCAAGACAAGCGGUUGAUGCGUCUGACUGUAAAGGAGCUCCGUGAACAGACCGAAUUGAUCCAUCGUGUCGUACGCGAGAUAAAGCACCUCUUCACCCACUUUCAUCCUGAAAGCGCCCCUUAUCCUCCGAACGACAUACCCGGCGCUAUGAGGCUCAUGUUCCGCCAUAUCGACGAACUUAACGAACAGUGGACGGACCUGCAGCGAGACCUCGCAGCUGAUCAGGCGACUAUGAGAGAUCUCCGAGCAGCCCGUAGAUCUUCCGGUCAUGCGGGCUCGGCCUCCACCGGCAGCGGCUCGAUGACCUCCGCCUUUGGUGGCAGCGGUCCCGUAUCUUAG